UUUCAUUGCAACUUUUUUUGGUGCUGUAACAUGUUUCAAUGGAGCCCAUCCAAGUCAGCUGGAGUUCCAGUGCGCAGACUCCAGCGCAACAUCUGGCAAGCCCCCUUCCUCCUCUGCCCCCUUCGCUGUGGCUGCGAGAGGAGCCGAAAAUGUCUUUUAUUCACGUGGACGAGAAUUCAGACUUUCCCCUGCAGAAUCUGCCCUAUGGGAUUUUUUCCACAAAGGACAAUGCAUAGAAUUGGAGUAGCCAUUGGCAACCAAGUUCUGGAUCUCAGUGCUGUUAAGCACUUGUUUGAUGGACCAGUCCUUUCGAAGCAUCACCACAUCUUUGACCAGCCAACGCUGAACCAGUUCAUGGGACUGGGCUGGGAUGCUUGGAGGGAAGCCAGGGUGUUUCUCCAAAAGCUGCUGUCUGCCAAUGAGCCGAUCCUGAGAGACAAUGUGGAAUUACGCAAAAGGGUGUUCGUCCCUCAGGCUUCCGCCAUCAUGCACCUUCCUGCUGAGAUCGGAGACUACACAGACUUCUAUUCCUCCUGGCAACACGCUACCAACGUUGGGAUCAUGUUCAGAGGGAAGGAGAAUGCGUUGAUGCCUAACUGGUUGCACUUACCCGUCGGCUAUCAUGGCCGUGCGUCUUCCGUUGUCGUAUCUGGGACCCCGAUUCGGAGGCCAUCAGGGCAGAUGAGACCUGACGAUGCUCAGCCUCCAGUGUUUGGUGCCUGCAGGCUUCUGGAUAUGGAGUUAGAAAUGGCAUUUUUUGUGGGCCCUGGAAACAAGCUCGGGGAGGCCGUUCCCAUCCACGAAGCUCAUAAACAUAUCUUUGGGAUGGUUCUAAUGAACGACUGGAGUGCUCGUGACAUCCAGAAGUGGGAAUAUGUUCCGCUGGGCCCGUUUUUGGGCAAGAGCUUUGGCACGACCAUCUCUCCAUGGGUGGUCACGAUGGAAGCUCUGCAGCCGUUUGCUCUGCCAAACCCCAUCCAGGAUCCCAAACCUCUGCCCUACCUCUGUGAUGAGCAGCCUUACACAUUUGAUAUCAACCUCUUCGUUUCUGUCAAAGGAGAGGGGAUGAGCAAGCCGGCAACUAUCUGCCACUCAAACUUUAAGCACAUGUACUGGACCAUGAAACAGCAGUUAGCUCACCACACCGUUAACGGCUGCAACAUCAGGCCCGGAGACCUCCUGGCAUCUGGGACCAUCAGCGGACCAGAUCCCGAGAACUUUGGCUCCAUGUUGGAGUUGUCUUGGAAGGGAACAAAGACGGUUGACCUUGGGAACGGCCAGUCCCGUAAAUUCCUGCAAGAUGGAGAUGAAGUCGUUAUAACAGGCUACUGCCAAGGAAAGGGCUAUCGAGUUGGCUUCGGGGAAUGUUCCGGAAAAGUUCUCCCAGCCAGACUGAUCUGAGUAUCUUCUUUUAAGGCCAACAGAAAAAAAAGAGGAAGGAGAAUCCCUUUCUUAGAGUUUUCUUCCAGUUUCUGACCUUACAAAAGAAUGUUGGGCUUUUCCCUCUCUGUUAUAAACUUUUAACCCAC